UGAAGCAACAGCUGCCGCAUAGCCCGGGGCCGCACAGCCCGGGGCACGUCCGCAGGAGCCGGCACGGGUGUCAAGGGUCCGAAGAAGGGGGGCUGCCGGCCCCGGACGUGAGGAGGACCAUGGAGGACCCGGACGCAAGGCUGGAGGGGAGAGGGGAGUCCCCAAAGGAAGGGAGGAGGAGGAGAAGACGGAGGAAGGACAAGGAGCCGCUGGUGCCCCUCCACUUUCAGGCUUCCAUGACGUUCCAGGACGUGGCCGUGGACUUCAGCCGGGAGGAGUGGAAAUGCCUGGACGAUGCUCAGAAGGCCUUGUACCGGGACGUGAUGCUGGAGAACUACGAGAACCUGGUCUCCCUGGGUUUCCCUGUUUCCAAGACGGAUGUGAUGUCCCUGCUGGAGAGAAGAGACACCCCCCGGAGGUCGAAGGAGCGCGGCCGCAGAGAACUUCGUUCAGAUUCCAUUAAUCAAGAGUCCAGAUUUGGAACCAAGAUAACAGAUCAGAUGCAGGACUUUUGUAUGAAGACAUCAUCCAAGGAAAAACAACCAAAGGUUCUUCCUUUGCAUUCCAAGAUGACAGAUGCUGGAAAAUGUGAUGUUAAUUUAGAGAAACAGAAGGGAAACCCAAAGAGACAAUCCAGACAAAUAACAAUCACUCCCAGAAAAACUGUUAGUAAAGGGAGGGCACCCAGCAAAAAUUUUAGCUUGGGGUCAGUUCCACUGUGGAAAAGGAAACGUCUCAGAAAAUAUGAGACACGUAGAACAAGUGUUGGGCAUUUUUCAGGUCUAGAUAUAAAGAAGAACCUUUCUAAGUAUAACAAAUGUAGGAAGCCUUUCAGUUACCACUCAGACCUAAUUAAAUUCCAUAGACUACAUGCUCGAGCAAAACUUCAUGAAAAUAAUGAAUGUAGAAAAGCCUCUGGGAGACAAUCAAAUCUUAUUAAAAAAUUGGGCAUUCUUAUAAGACAGAAAUAUUACAAACGUAACAAAUAUUGGAAAGUCUUUAACCGGAGGGGAGAACUAAUUUAUCAGAGAAUUCCUCCUGGAGUAAAAUUCUUUGAGUGUAAUGUGUGUGGGAGUGCUUUUAAAGAAAAAAAAAUGCUCCAAAAACAUGAAAAAAUUCAUACUGAAAAGAAACGUUUUGAAUGUAAUAAAUGUAGGAAAAGUUUCAGCCGAAAAGAAAAUCUUAUUACUCAUAAGAGAACUCAUACUGAAGUAAAAUCCUUUGAAUGUGAUGACUGUGGGAAAAGUUUCAAACGAAAGGUACAUCUUGUUAGACAUCAAAAAAUUCAUACUCGAGUGAAAUCAUUUGAAUGUAAAGAAUGUGGGAAAAUCUUUGGUGAAAGGGGACACCUCAGUGCCCAUGAAAGAACUCAUACUGGAGAGAAAUCUUUCCUGUGUAGGGAAUGUGGGAAAACUUUCAGUGAGAGUAAAGCUCUUAAAAGCCAUGAGAAAAUUCAUAGUGGAGAGAAACCCUUUGAAUGUGAUAUAUGUAGGAAAGCCUUCAGUCAGAAGGGACACCUGAUUUCUCAUCAGAGAACUCAUACUACAGCAAGACCUUUUGAAUGUAAUGUAUGUAAGAAAUCCUUCAGUCAGAAGGGACACUUGGUUUCUCAUCAGAAAACUCAUAAAUGUAAUGAAUGUGGGGAAAUCUUUAGUGAUAGUAAUGUACUCAAAGACCAUCAGAGAACUCAUGCUGCAGAGUUCUAUGCAUGUGAUAAAUGUGGGAAAGGCUUCAUACAGAAAUCAUACCUUGUUAAACAUCAGAGAACUCACAAUGAAGAGAAACGAUUUGAAUGUAAUGAGUGUGAGAAAGUCUUUCGUACAAAGGAACACCUUGGUACACAUCAGAAAACUCAUACAGGUGAGAAACCUUUUAACUGUAGGGAAUGUGGGAGAGGCUUCAGCCAGAGGGAAAAUCUUGUCAAACAUCAGUCAACUCAUACUGGGGAGAAACCAUUUGAAUGUAAUGUUUGUAAGAAAUCCUUCAGGCAGAGAGCACACCUGGUAUCUCAUCAGAGAAUUCAUACUGGAGAGAAACCCUUUGAAUGUAAUGAGUGUGGGAAAGCCUUUAGUGAGAGGCGAACCCUUAAUAGACAUAAGAAAACUCAUUCUGGAGUGAAACCUUUUACAUGUAAUGUAUGUAAGAAAACCUUCAGUCGAAGGACAGGCCUUAUUGUCCAUCAGAAAAUUCAUACUGAAGAGAAAGUUUUUGAAUGUAAUGUAUGUAGGAAAUCAUUCAGUCAGAGGAGCCAUCUACUUUCUCAUCAGAGAUCUCACGCUAGAGAAAAAUCUUUUGAAUGCAUUGAAUGUGGACAAACCUUUGAUAAGAAAGAGAUACUGGAAAAUCACCAGAAAAGUCAUGCUGAAAAGAAGCCCUUUACAUGUGAUGAAUGUGGGAAAGGUUUCAUGAGGAAGGCAUACCUUGUUAGACAUCAGAGAACUCACAUUGGAAAGACACUCUUCAAGUGUAGUGAAUGUGGGAAAGCCUUUGGCCAGAAGGUACAACUAAUUUAUCAUCAGAAAGUUCAUGCUAACACAAAAACUUUUGAAUGUAGCGAGUGUAAGAAAGUCUUUGGUGACAAGGUACUCCUUAGUAGACAUGAGAAAACUCAUUCUGUUGUGAAACCUUUUAAAUGUAAUGAAUGUAAGAGAGCCUUCAGCCAAAGGACAAGCCUCAUUAUCCAUCAGAGAUCUCAUUCUGGAGAGAAACCUUUUCCAUGCAAUGUAUGUGGGAAAUUUUUCACCCAAAAGACAGUUCUCAUUUCUCAUCAGAAAAUUCAUUCUGGUGGGAAACCCUUUACGUGCAAUGAAUGUGGGAAAGGUUUCAUCCAAAAGAUAGUUCUCAUUAGCCAUCAGAAAACUCAUACUGCAGAAAAACCUUUGACUUGUAUUGAAAAAAUGAUUUGUACUGAAAAACUAGUGACUUGUACUGAGAAAGUGACUAGUACUGAGAAAGUGACUAGUACUGAGAAAGUGACCAGUACUGAAAAAGUGAACAGUACUGAAAAAGUGAACAGUACUGAAAAAGUGAACAGUACUGAAAAAGUGACCAGUACUGAAAAAGUGAACAGUACUGAAAAAAUGACCAGUACUGAAAAAGUGAACAGUACUGAAAAAGUAGAAACCUCUAGUAAUAGUAAAAUACCCCAAAGCCAACCAAAAACUAAUUCUGGAGAGAAGCGAUUUUGUUGUGGUGAAUGUGGGAAAGGCUUUUGCUGGAGAGCAAACCUUAUUAGACAUCGGAAAAUUCACACUGGGGAGAAACCCUUUGAAUGUAAUGAAUGUGGGAAAGCCUUCAUUGAGAAAAAUUAUCUCGUUGCCCAUCAGAGAAUUCAUACUGGAGAGAAACCCUUUGAAUGUAACGAAUGUGGGAAAGCCUUCAGUCGAAGAACAAAUCUUAUUACCCAUCAGAGAAUUCAUACUAAAGAGAAACCUUUCCCAUGUAAUGAGUGUGGAAAAGCCUUCAGUAGGGGUAAAGCCCUCAAAAAGCAUCAGAGAAUUCAUACUGGAGAGAAAUUUUUUGAAUGUAAUGUAUGUAAGAAGGGCUUCAAUCAUCGGGGCCACCUGGUUUCUCAUCAGAGAACUCAUAAGAAAGAGAACCCUUUCUCAUGUGAUCAAUGUGGGAAAGUCUUUAGUCGAAGGACGGUUCUUGUUAGACAUCAGAAAACUCAUUCUGGAGAGAAACCUUUCUCGUGUAGUGAAUGUGGCAAAGCUUUUGGUGAAAGUGAAACCCUCAAAAGGCAUUGGAGAGUUCAUACUGGAGAGAAGCCCUUUGAAUGUAAUGUAUGUAAGAAAGCUUUUAGUCAGAAGGGACACCUGCUUUCCCAUCAGAGAACUCAUUCUGCAGUGAAACUUCUUGAACAUAGUGAAAAUGGAAAAACUUUUCAUAAGAAGGAUAAUCUUAAUGCCCUUCAGAGAAGUCAUACUAGAGACAAACCUUUCGCAUGUAUUAAAUGCAAGGAAGCCUUCAGUGAUAUUAAAGAAUUCAAAAAGCAUCAGAAAAUUCAUACUGAAGAGAAAUCUUUGGAAUGUAAUAUUUGUAAGAAAGCCUUUAGCCAGAAGGAACACCUGAUUUCUCAUCAAAAAACUCAUACUGCUGUGAAACUCCUUGAACAUAAUGAAGGUGGGAAUACCAGUGAGAAGGAUCGUUUUACUACUCAUCCGAGAACCUAUACUGGGGGAAAACCUUUUGCAUGUACUGAAUGUGGGGAGACCUUCAGUGAGAGUAAAGAUUUCAAAAAACAUCAGAGAACUCAUAGUGGAGAUAAGUCUUUCAAACAUCGUGAAGGAAGGGAAGCCUUCAGCGAGCGUAAAGACCUCAAAAAACAGCAGAGAACUCAUAGUGGAGACAAAUUUUUCACGUGCCUUGAAUGUGGAGAAGACUUCAGUGACAAUGAAGCCCUCAAAAAGCAUCAGGAAAUUCAUAUUGAAGUGAAACCCUUUGAAUGUAUGGUGUGUAAGAAAGCCUUUAGUCAGAAGGAGCACCUGAUUUCUCAUCAAAGAAUUCAUACCUCGGUGAAACUUCUUGAACGUAAUGAGGGUGAGAAAACCUUCAGUGAGAAGGAUCAUCUUAUUACCCAUCAGAGAACGCAAACUGGGAGAAAACCUUUCACACAUUGUGAAUGGGGGGAAGCUGUCACCGAGAGUAAAGACCUCAAAAAACACCAGAAAACUCAAAGCGAAGACAAAUCUUGCACAUGCCAUGAAUGUGGGAAAGCCUUCGAUGACAUUGAGGCCCUCAGAAAGCAUCAGAAAAUCCAUACUGGAGAAAAGCCUUUUGAAUGUAAUGUAUGUAAGGCAGCCUUUAGCCACAAGGAACACCUGACUUUUCAUCAAAAAACUCAUACCUCAGUGAAACUCUUUGAAUGUAAUGAAUGUGGGAAAACUUUCAAUGAGAAGGAUCAUCUUAUUACCCAUCAGAGAACCCAUCCUGGGAGAAAACCUUUCAUAUGUAUUGAAUGUGGGGAAACCUUCAGUGACAAUGAAGCCCUCAAAAAGCAUCAAACAACUCAUUCUGGAGAGACCCGCUUUGAAUGUAAUGUGUGUAAGAAAGCCUUUAGCCAGAAGGAAUACCUGAUUUCUCACCAAAAAACUCAUACCUCAGUGAAACUCUUUGAACGUAAAGAGAGUGAGAAAACUUUCAGUGAGAAGGAUGCCCUUAGUACCCAUCAGAGAAUCCAUACUGGAGGAAAACCUUUCACAUGUAUUGAAUGUGGAAAAACCUUCAAUGAGAGUGAGACCCUCAAAAAGCAUCAAACAACUCAUUCUGGAGAGACUCGCUUUGAAUGUAAUGUGUGUAAGAAAGCCUUUAGCCAGAAGGAAGACCUGAUUUCUCACCAAAAAACUCAUACUUCAGUGAAACUCUUUGAACGUAAAGAGUGUGAGAAAACUUUCAGUGAGAAGGAUCCCCUUAGUACCCAUCAGAAAGCCCACAUUGGGGGGGAACCUUUCAUAUGUAUUGAAUGUGGGGAAACCUUCAGUGACAAUGAAGCCCUCAAAAAGCAUCAAACAACUCAUUCUGGAGAGAUCUUUGAAUGUAAUGUGUGUAAGAUCACUUUUAGCCAGAAGGAACGCCUGAUUUCUCACCAAAAAAAUCAUUUUUUAGUGAAACUCUUUGAACGUAAAGAGAAUGAGAAAGCUUUAAGUGAGAUGGAUCCCCUUAGUACCCAUCAGAGAAUCCAUACUGAAGAAAAACCUUUCACAUGUAUUGAAUGUGGGAAAACCUUCAAUGAGAGUGAGACCCUCAAAAAGCAUCAAAUAACUCAUUCUGGAGAAACAUGCUUUGAAUGUAAUGUGUGUAAGAAAGCCUUUAGCCAGAAGGAAUACUUGAUUUCUCAUCAAAAAACUCAUACUUCAGUGAAACUCUUUGAACAUAAAGAGAGUGAGAAAACUUUCAAUGAGAAGGAUCCCCUUCAUACCCAUCAGAGGAUCCAUACUGGAGGAAAAUCUUUCACAUGUAUUGAAUAUGGAAAAACCUUCAAUGAGAGUGAGACCCUCAAAAAGCAUCAAACAACUCAUUCUGUAGAGACACGCUUUGAAUGUAAUGUGUGUAAGAAAGCCUUUAGCCAGAAGGAAUACUUGAUUUCUCAUCAAAAAACUCAUACUUCAAUGAAACUCUUUGAACAUAAAGAGAGUGAGAAAACUUUCAGUGAGAAGGAUCCCCUUUGUACCCAUCAGAGGAUCCAUACUGAAGGAAAACCUUUCACAUGUAUUGAAUGUGGAAAAACCUUCAAUGAAAGUGAGACCCUCAAAAAGCAUCAAACAACUCAUUCUGGAGAGACCCGCUUUGAAUGUAAUGUGUGUAAGAAAGCCUUUAGCCAGAAGGAAUACCUGAUUUCUCACCAAAAAACUCAUACCUCAGUGAAACUCUUUGAACGUAAAGAGAGUGAGAAAACUUUCAGUGAGAAGGAUGCCCUUAGUACCCAUCAGAGAAUCCAUACUGGAGGAAAACCUUUCACAUGUAUUGAAUGUGGAAAAACCUUCAGUGAGAGUGAGACCCUCAAAAAGCAUCAAACAACUCAUUCUGGAGAGACUCGCUUUGAAUGUAAUGUGUGUAAGAAAGCCUUUAGCCAGAAGGAAGACCUGAUUUCUCACCAAAAAACUCAUACUUCAGUGAAACUCUUUGAACGUAAAGAGUGUGAGAAAACUUUCAGUGAGAAGGAUCCCCUUAGUACCCAUCAGAAAGCCCACAUUGGGGGGGAACCUUUCAUAUGUAUUGAAUGUGGGGAAACCUUCAGUGACAAUGAAGCCCUCAAAAAGCAUCAAACAACUCAUUCUGGAGAGAUCUUUGAAUGUAAUGUGUGUAAGAUCACUUUUAGCCAGAAGGAACGCCUGAUUUCUCACCAAAAAAAUCAUUUUUUAGUGAAACUCUUUGAACGUAAAGAGAAUGAGAAAGCUUUAAGUGAGAUGGAUCCCCUUAGUACCCAUCAGAGAAUCCAUACUGAAGAAAAACCUUUCACAUGUAUUGAAUGUGGGAAAACCUUCAAUGAGAGUGAGACCCUCAAAAAGCAUCAAAUAACUCAUUCUGGAGAGACAUGCUUUGAAUGUAAUGUGUGUAAGAAAGCCUUUAGCCAGAAGGAAUACUUGAUUUCUCAUCAAAAAACUCAUACUUCAAUGAAACUCUUUGAACAUAAAGAGAGUGAGAAAACUUUCAAUGAGAAGGAUCCCCUUCAUACCCAUCAGAGGAUCCAUACUGGAGGAAAAUCUUUCACAUGUAUUGAAUAUGGAAAAACCUUCAAUGAGAGUGAGACCCUCAAAAAGCAUCAAACAACUCAUUCUGUAGAGACACGCUUUGAAUGUAAUGUGUGUAAGAAAGCCUUUAGCCAGAAGGAAUACUUGAUUUCUCAUCAAAAAACUCAUACUUCAAUGAAACUCUUUGAACAUAAAGAGAGUGAGAAAACUUUCAGUGAGAAGGAUCCCCUUUGUACCCAUCAGAGGAUCCAUACUGAAGGAAAACCUUUCACAUGUAUUGAAUGUGGAAAAACCUUCAAUGAGAGUGAGACCCUCAAAAAGCAUCAAACAACUCAUUCUGUAGAGACACGCUUUGAAUGUAAUGUGUGUAAGAAAGCCUUUAGCCAGAAGGAAUACUUGAUUUCUCAUCAAAAAACUCAUACUUCAGUGAAACUCUUUGAACAUAAAGAGAGUGAGAAAACUUUCAGUGAGAAGGAUCCCCUUUGUACCCAUCAGAGGAUCCAUACUGAAGGAAAACCUUUCACAUGUAUUGAAUGUGGAAAAACCUUCAAUGAAAGUGAGACCCUCAAAAAGCAUCAAACAACUCAUUCUGUAGAGACACGCUUUGAAUGUAAUGUGUGUAAGAAAGCCUUUAGCCAGAAGGAAUACUUGAUUUCUCAUCAAAAAACUCAUACUUCAGUGAAACUCUUUGAACGUAAAGAGAGUGAGAAAACUUUCAGUGAGAAGGAUUCUCUUAGUACCCAUCAGAAAACCCACACUGGGGGAAAACCUUUCACGUGUAUUGAAUGUGGGGAAGCCUUCAGUGAGAGUCAAGACCUCAAAAAACAUCAGACAACUCAUAUUGGAGAUAAAUCUUUCACAUGUAAUGAAUGUGGGAAAGCUUUCGGUGACAGUGAGGCGCUCAAAACACAUCAAAAAAUUCAUACUGGAGACAAACCCUUUGAAUGUAAUGUUUGUAAAAAAGCCUUUAGUCAGCAGGAACACUUGAUUUCUCAUAAAAAAACUCAUGUUUCAGCGAAAUUCUUUGAAUGUAUUCAGUGUGAGAAAACCUUCAGUGAGAGGGAUCAUCUUAUUAUACACCAGAAAAUCCAUGCUGGGAGAAAACUUUUCUCACGUCGUGAAUGGGGGGAAGCCUUCAGCGAGCGUAAAGACUUCAAAAAACAUCAGAGAACUCAUAGUGGAAAGAAAUCUUUCACAUGCCACGAAUGUGGAAAAACCUUCAAUGAGAGUGAAGCCCUCAAAAAGCAUCAGAAAAUUCAUACUGGAGAGACACGCUUUGAAUGUAAUGUGUGUAAGAAAGCCUUUAGUCAGAAAGAGCACCUUAUUUCUCAUCAGAAAACUCAUACCUCAGUGAAACUCUUUGAAUGUAACGAAUGUGGGAAAACUUUCAAUGACAAGGAUAGUCUUACUACUCAUAAGAGAACUCAUAGUGGAGAGAAAUCUUUCACUUGUAAUGAAUGUGGGAAAGCUUUCAGUGAGAGUGAAGCCCUCAAAAAGCAUCAGAAAAUUCAUACUGGAGAGAAAUCCUUUGGCUGUAAUCAAUGCGGGAAGGCCUUUGGUGAGAAAGAACACCUUAUUACACAUCAGAAAACCCAUACAGGAGAGAAAGCCUUUGAGUGUAGUGAAUGUGGAAAAAGCUUUAGCCGGAGGGAAAACCUUGUUAGACAUCAGAUAAUUCACACUGGGGAGAAAUCUUUUGAACGUAAUAAAUAUAGGAAAUCUUUCAGCCAGAGGAUGCACUUCAUUUAUCAUCAGGGAAUUCAUGCUGGAAAGAAACCUUUUGAAUGUAGUGAGUGUGGUAAAGCCUUUAGUGAAAAGCGAACCCUUAAUAGACAUCAGAAAACUCAUACGGGAGUGAAACCCUUUAAAUGUAAUGAAUGUAAGAAAUCCUUCAGUCGCAGGACAAUCCUUAUUAUCCAUCAGAGAACUCAUACUGGAGUAAAACCCUUUAUGUGUAAUGAAUGUGGCAAAGCCUUCAGCCAAACAGGACAUGUCAUCCGACACCAGAGAACUCAUACUGGAAUGAAACCAUUUGAAUGCAAUGAAUGUGGCAAAUCCUUCAGCGAGAAGGAUCAUCUUAUUACCCACCAGAGAUCUCAUACUGGAGAGAAACCCUUUGCGUGUAAUGAAUGUGGGAAAGCCUUUAGCCGAAGGACAAUCCUUAUUACCCAUCAGAGAACACAUACUGGAGUGAAACCCUUCGAAUGUAAUGAAUGUAGGAAAGCUUUCAGCCAGCGGGGACAUCUCAUUUAUCACCAGAGAAUUCAUACUGGAGAGAAGCCCUUUGAAUGUAAUGAAUGUGGAAAAGCCUUCAGCUGGAGAGCAAACUUGCUUACUCAUCGGAGAACUCAUACCGAAGCCAAACCCUUUGCGUGUAAAGAAUGUGGGAAAACUUUCAUUGAGAGGCAAACGCUUUUUAGACAUAAGAGAACUCAUGCUUCACCAAAGUCCUGUUCGGCGUAAUGGAUUCGGAUAGGCUUUCGGUGAGAGGCAGACCAUCAUCAGACAGAAGAGAAAGAAUACGGAAUUGAUAGCCUUUGAUUUUUUAUUAAUAUGGGAAAGUCUUUAGUGAGAAUAAAGUACUAAAAAGCCACCAAAGAUGUCAGACUGGAGAGAAAGGGAACUGUUCCAGGGAGAAUUACUGGAUUAUUUGAACACUUGACAAGAUGGUCUGGUUGAAAGCUAGAUAUUAUCCUAUAUGUAUACACACACACAUAUAUAUAAACAUAUAUAUGUACGUGUAGGAUAAUAUAGGAUAUAUAUCCUAUACAUAUGUAAUCCCAGUGCAAUUUGCACUCAUUCACCAAUCAUGACUCUUACCUGCUUUUUCUGCCCCCACUUCCAAUUUGUUUCCACCUGCCUUUCAACACCAAACUGGAGGUCCAGUAGACAUCUUAAACUAACUAUCUCCAACCCACAACUCAUGUUUUUCCCUAAACCUUUCCUCCUCCUACCUUCCCUAUUAUCUAUCCACCAAUCUCUCCGGCUCAUAACCUAGGAGUCACCUUGAACUGUCUCAUGUGUCCUCCCCCUGCCCCGGGUAUCCCAAGCUAUUGCCAAAAUCUGUUGAUUUUACUUCUGUCACAUCUCAUUGGUGCCCACUUCUCUCUGACACUGCGCCACCAUGGUAGUGCAGACCCUCAUCACCUCAGACCUGGACUAUUGCAAUAGCCUGCUGGUAGGUCUGACUUCAUGACGAUCCACCCUUCCUUCAAUGAUUUUCUCAAAGUGAAGGUCUGCCCAUGUCCUUCCGAAAACUCCAGCGGCACCUGUUGCCCCUAUGAUCAGAUACAAAAUGCCCUGUUUGGCAUUCAAGCUCUUCCUCACCCAGCCCCUUGUACUUUUUUAGUCUUAAACUCACCCACCACCAUGUUCUCGCUGAUCCGGUGACCCUGCUCUCAUGGCUGUUCCAUGAACAAGACCCAGCCUUCUCCUGGGCAUUUUCCUGGUUUCCUUUAGUCCCAACUAAAAUUCUGUCUUUUCCAAGAAGCCUUUCCCAAAUCCUCUUAAUUCUAGUGCCUUCCCUUUGUUAUUGCCUCCUCAUCCUGUACAUAGCUUACUUUGUACAUAUUUGUAUGUUAUCUCCUCCUUAGGUCGUCAGUUCUUGCGAGCAAGGACCGUCCUUUGCCUUUUUUUUUCUUUUUAUAUUUUGAACCUGGCACACAGUAGGUGAUAAAUGUUUAUCAGUUGACAAAGAAAACACAGCAGAACCCCCAAGGAGGAGUUCAAAAGAUGAGUAGAUCAACUCACUCUAGGACUGGGGUCCUGGUCUCUGGACUUUUUGCUCAUGGGAUGCCCUUGCAGAUAGGGGCAAAAGGGCAGCAACAGGCCUGUGGCAAGGUGGACAGCUGUGUGACUGAAUGGGAUGGAUGGUAUCUUCACAUCCCCAGAUACCAUUAGGGACAGUAGAAUUCCACAAAUCAGUGGAGCAAAUGUGACUGAGUCAGGAUUUGAUUUCUCGAUCAUUUUCCCCAAAUUACUGCAAUCUUUUCUGUUUACUUAAGGGUAAAUUUACCCAUGUUUUCUUUCAUUUUAUUUUUUAUUCUAUGUAACAGCAAAAUCAAAGAUGAAAGCAAGAAUAAAAUCCAUGUAGAAACACUAAGUUUUAUUUCUAGUUAAAACAAAUGUGUAUAUUUUCACAUGACCAAAAAAGGUCUCUGCUUCCGUUGCCACUGCGCUUCAGCUGCUUUUCCCCUUUGCCCCUGUGAACUUCCAUUUGGGGAAGGGUCUAGACCAGCCAUCUUUUGUUCUCUGAACUUUAUCACCAGGUUUGCUCUCUACCUUUUCAGUUUCCUUUUAUGUGUUGUCUUAUUAGAAUGUAAACUCCUUGAGGGCAUGAACUGCCUUUUUGCUUCUCUUUGUAUCCCCAGUACUUAGCACAGUGCCUGAUACAUUGUAAGUGUGCUUAAUGCCUGUUGACUUUUGGAUAUUUUCUUUAUAUUUAUAUCGAUGUGAUAUUGUUGUUCCUUAUAUAAUCAUCCUCAGUGGGUAUAUUGUUCUUAGUCUUUACUCUUCACUUUGUAUUAUUUCAUACAAAUUUUUUUCUUUGGAAUUAUCAGAUGAGAUGAUAGUAGAUAUUACGAAUACCUGAUUUCAGAUCUGACCGCAGAUGCUUAUUAGCUGUGUUACCCUGGGUGGGUCAUUUGGUUUCAGCUUCCUCAACUAUAAAAUGGGGAUAAUAAUAGUACCUACUUCCCAGGGUUGUCAUGCGGAUCAAAUGAGAUAUUUGUAAGUUGCUUGACAGAGUGCCUGACGCGUGUAACCUGGCACUGUGUAAAUGCGAGCUUCUAUCAUCAUCAUCUUCAUUAUUAGAUGUGUCGUAUCUUAGGACACGUCAUUAUUAUAUUAUUUUCAUAAAAAUGUGUUUACUCAUUUCCCUCAAAGAAAAUGAAGAGGGAUUUUGCUAUUAAGAAUAAUGCUUCUAUGAGUAUUUUUGUGCAAAUAUCUAUAUCCCUGUUACUGCUAUUGUAUCCUAAUGCAUGAGAUCUGUGUAAAUGCUAUUGGGCAUGGGACUGAAUUUCUAUGGCUCCGAGAUAGAUUCAGGUCUUUUUUUUCAUUGGAAAAGUCCCCGACAUCAGCCUGAUGCAUCAUAUGCCAUCAUUGGCACUUCUGCGGCCAUCUUCUGCUAUUGGUGGACCCACAGUUACUCUCAUAGCUACCAGCCCUUCUUUUGCCAAGCUAUAUUAUUCAUUUGUUUCAUUCUAUCAUUUUUUUUCCCCACUGUGGCUUCUAUAUUUCUUGUACUAGAAAAACUCAUUAAGAUGACAUGGUCACGCUGAUUUUUUCAGUGUCUUAAAAAGCUGACUUGCUAGAUAGCAACAAACAUAAUCGUUUCCAUAUACAAAUGAAGAGAAAAAGAGGGGCUUAGGGCCGUCUCUGAGCCUUCCGGUGGUGACCAGACUGCCUAUCUCUUGACCCUAAGCCUUUCCAGAAAGUAUCACGAAUAGCCACCAGCACCAGAGCUCUGCGUCCGUCUUGCCUUCCCCUUUUGCUCAGGCCUCUUGAGUCCUCAGCUUUUUUCUGAUGCGAUGGCGCUCCCUCUGGCUUUACUGCCUCACCUGCCCCUUUCCCCCGAGAUCCUCCAAGCCUUACCAUAUGCUGUGCCUCGAUCCCCUAAAUCCGCCGGCCCCGCCAUCUCAACUACCUGGAUGAAGGUCUGUCGUGUGGGACCCGCUGGCCUUGCCCUCUGCCCCGCUGCUGCACCCGCCUGCUCUGCACCUGAACCGUCUUUGAUGUGUUAAGAGUGUGAGCUCUUCAGGAGCAGAUAGGUCUUGAUUUUUCUAUUUGUAUCCCCAGUGCUAGCCUAAUGCUUGGUGUAUUGUGAGCACUUACUCGAUGUUUAUUUAUAACCGUGAAUCUUUUUAAAAGAUGAAUUCUGAACUUAAACACCAGUUAAAAGCUAGCAUUUCCAUAUUCAUAAUAGAACAGAAACAAGAUUUCAUAUGAAACUGAAUCUCAAUUAUUUUGGCUUGUGUUUGUUUGUAACUAUAUAAUAAAUUAAAAUAUAACUUUCAAA